UGAGUUGUUAUCUCAUUAGAACAAUGAUUAACCUGAUGCUGAACACUGAGAGGUCAAAGGGCAUUCCCGCAGCAGAGGGCACUCUGAGUGGAUCUGUGUGUGGAGAGGACGCUCUCCUCCUUCUGCAAACCGCGUGGUAAUGGACCAGUUUGUGGGUUUAACCCCGAGGGAAACAGUGGAGAAAGUGUCCUCCUCUCUGGGCUGCAGCCCCACCUCUGCAGAGGUAGCUGCUCACCUGGACAAACAGGACCCUCUGAGAGCCCUGAGGGGGGAGUUCCUGCUGCCCACCGUGGCUGACCUGCCCCCCUCUGACCUCUCUAAGGUAAAAGGCAGCCAGGAGUGUAUCUACAUGGUGGGAAACUCGUUGGGUCUUCAGCCCAAAAAGGCCAGGAAGUAUCUGGAAGAGGAAAUGGAGAACUGGGCCAAAAUGGGGGUCCACGGCCACGUUUUAGGCCCCCGCCCCUGGGCCUGGGCUGAAAACACCAUAGAGGAACUCAUGGCUAAUGUUGUUGGAGCUAAAACAGAGGAGGUGGCUCUGAUGAACGGCCUGACAGUUAAUCUACAUCUUCUACUGCUUUCUUUCUACAAACCCACAGCGACUCGGCAUAAAAUCCUCCUGGAGGACAAAGCCUUUCCUUCAGACCACUACGCAGUGGAGUCUCAGAUCAGACUGCGAGGGUUCGACCCUCAGAAGAGCAUGCUGCUGAUUUCACCCAGGCCGGGGGAGGAGACCCUGAGGACGGAGGACAUUGUGCGGCGGAUCGAGGAGGAGGGAGACUCCAUCGCCGUGGUGAUGUUCAGCGGAGUCCAGUAUUACACCGGACAGCUGUUCAACAUGGCCGCCAUCACUGAGGCCGGACACAGGAAGGGCUGUUUUGUAGGUUUUGACUGCGCUCACGCUGCAGGAAACGUCGAGCUGAAGCUCCACGACUGGGGGGUCGACUUCGCCUGCUGGUGCUCCUACAAGUAUAUUAACUCAGGUGCUGGCGGGAUAGCCGGGGCGUUUAUCCACGAGAAACACAACGACACUGUCAAGCCUGCGCUGGUGGGCUGGUGGGGACAUGACCUGAAAACUCGCUUCCGGAUGAAUAACGUGUUGGACCUGCAGCCCGGUGUGAGCGGCUUCAGACUCUCCAACCAGCCCAUCCUGCUGGUGUGCCCCCUGCAGGCCAGCCUGGAGGUGUUCAACAUGACGAGCAUGCAGGAGCUGCGCAGGAAGUCCCUCCUCCUGACGGGGUACCUGGAGUUUCUGAUCCUGCAUUAUUUCCGCGAGGACGCCUCCCAGCCGCACAAAGCUCACGUGCGCAUCAUCACACCCUCCGACCCGCAGCAGAGGGGCUGCCAGCUGUCGCUCUGCUUCUCCGUCCCCAUCAGCACCGUCUUCCAGGAGAUGGAGAAGAGGGGAGUCGCCUGUGACAUGAGGGAGCCCAGCGUGCUGCGGAUCGCUCCGGUGCCGCUCUACAACUCCUUCACCGACGUUCAUCGCUUCAUAGAAACUCUGCGAGACGCUCUCACUGCCAGCAGCACAUAAACACAGAGGUGAGUGCAGAGAUUCCAACCCAAGAGUGGAGCUUCCUAGACUUCACGUCAACUGAGGACUUUUUUUCACAUUGUCCUCAUGUACUUUUGUGUAUCAGUGGACAUGAAAUAUAGACAACAGAGGUUUCAUCUUUUAGUGAUGGAUAAGGAUUGAUUGAAGAGUUGUGCUAAAGAGUUUCACACAGGUGCAUUACAGAUUCACAAUAAAGCAAGUCAUUUCAGUCA